AUUUCACUAGUGGAUCUUUGUUUUCAGUUUUUCAAAUAAAUAUUAUUAUCGUAAAAUACAUAUAAAAAUGUAUUAAAAAGUGAUAGAAGGCAUAAAGUUUACGUUCUUUUAUUUUAUUUGCUGCAGUUUAACAUGCUUGUGUGUUUAAUUAUUGUUAAAAUAUAAAUUAAAUAGAUUGCUUGUAAUUUGCGUGGGGUUUCGCCUCAAAUACUUCAAAAUGAAGCCUGGAAAGAGUGUAGAUGUGAAGGAGGAGAUAGCAGAGGUGCAUACUUCUGCUCGUUCGCCGUCUCCAAAGCAGAAAACCAAAAGAUCUCGCAGUCGCUCCGGUUCACGAAAAAUGUCAAACGGUCAUACGGCACCAGACGACACUCCACUUUCCGAGGAGCCUACGAACGACAAAUCUAAACGGGACAGCUGGAUAAAAUCCGAACACGAAUCUCUAGACACUGAGCUACCGAUCCACGAUCAAAUAAAACAAGGUAUCCUAGGAUUUGUUGAAAAAGAAAUUAAGAAGUCGGACAAGAAUCCUUCAUUUGUUUUUUACUCCCAUGACCCUAAUCAUUUGGAUGAAAAAUUCAUGAAGACUAUGUCGAGGCCUUCUAGUGGACAUAAGGAGAAGAGGAGCCCUUCUUAUCGUAAGAAGAAGCGUCACUCGUCGAGGCAUCGGGAUAGAGAUUUGCAUGAUUUUGAAAUACCUGGGUCUAGUCUUAGUGCUUUGGAACGGGUAGACGAUUAUCUAAAAGAAUACAACAAAGAUGAAGUGGUGACCCUCAGCGGUGAGCUGGAGAUUGAAGCAAAUGAUGUGGAGAACAAUAAUGGUAUAUCUAAGGAACUGCGUCACAAACCAAGGAAGACUCGGAGGAAAGUCAGAGAUGAGAGGCAGGAAAGCAGCGUUAACGGACGAGAUGUUAGCCCUAAAGUGUUUAAGAGCAGCAAAAAUAAGUCAGGCUCUAAACCAGCUCGCCCAACAGACUUAACAGCAAUGUUGGAAACUUUAGAAUCCAGUAUGCCAUACCAUGAUCAAUACAUAGACAAUCCAUUCUCAUCACCAUCACCCCUGACAUCACCAAAUGAUGACCGAUUAGAUCCUUUCGGUUCUCGAAGACCGGAGAAGAUAUAUCUGCAAGGUGGUGGGACUUUUAGAGCUGUGUCAAGGGAUAGGAUUCUGGAGUCACAGCAGUCUAGAGAUGGUGAUAAGUAUUUGAGACUAGGAGACCUAACACCAUUAGACGUGGCAUUAACCCUACAGAAAGCAUGGCGUUCCUCCGCCCCCGCGUGUCACGGCGUACUCGGCGGGCUAUCCCUCAUGCAUCUACUUCUCAUCAGCUAUUCCGACGGACUGGACGCAGGACACCUGUCCUUCCAUGCAGUGGUUACAAUGCCUUAUGUAGCUUCGUAUUAUUUCUUCUGUGUACUGUGUCUGCUUUCGGUUUUGGAUCGAUUGGACGUAACCAGCCUAGACCUAACAAAAGGCUUGCAGCCAUACUUUCAGCCAAUAGUUCUAGUGAUGCUAUACACAGCUUGUCUGCUCGUCUGUACGGCAGCUAGAAUGUACGACGAGCUGAUGGUCUACCAGUAUGCUCCGCUCGUCAGUAAUAUUACCAGUAAUGUUACUACGCCUACAAUACCAACGUUCUAUCACACUUGGACGCAUUUUUCAAUAUGGCGGGCGGUUCUAUCAUUACUUGGACUGGUUUACUUCAUUAUAUCAAAUCCUCAAGACUUGGUUUUCACGAAUUUGAGCAAGUUAUUACAAUUCAAGCAUUCCUUACAAAGCAUUGGAUGAUUCUUCAUAAUACCGUAGUUUUAAGGUUAUGUCACGGAGGAGAGAAAGAUAGCGGAGAUGUCGUAAGUAAGGUAAGUCAGGCGCCUUCUUGUAGGCCAAGCAACGUACGGUUGGCGUGAACAGUUAUUAAGACUAACGAGACCGGAGUCCGGGUUCCUUGUCGAAUCAAAAUGAUUGAUUGGUGGUUAUAUUUAGAAAAUAAUAAGCGGGUUCCAUAGAAGGAGUGUUAAAGGUGGAGCUAGUAACGUUCUUCGACCCCCGAACACCCGCAUAUUGUCGCGCUACUUUCUUAUGAGAUUUUGCAUUAUGACAUCUCCGCUAGUCAUUUUGUUCUCCAUGGGUAAUGUCUUUCCAUGGUAUGUAGAUAAAGUGUUAAUUCCCGUUUGUAGAGUGAGAUGGAAAUAUUUUUAAGGGCUUAAGAAAGAUAUGGAAUGUGUGUGUAUUAGCUGUCUAAGUUAUUCUCAGAGUUUUAUUUUGUUACCUGACAUAGUAUCGUUCUUUUGAUAGAUUGCUUGCGUGGUUACUUUUUGGUUCACAAGCAGGUUCGUUUUAGUAUUAAUUAGCUUAUUAUUCCUGCACAAAAUAAAGAUUUAAGUCUGUUUGAAAUCAUUUCUAGUCACUUAUAGUUUCUUUAAUGCCAAAGGAGGUCAUAAACACUAGGGUAUAUUCAUAAAAAGUCUGUAUUUUAGAGUAAAAAGUCAACUUCAUAUAUGUUUGUAUGUCCUAGGAGUAUAGAAAGAAAAAGCUUAAUAAUUUAAAGCACAAACAUUUAAUUAUAAGAAUCUGAUUUAAUUCUCAAACAAUUAAGCGACACAAUACUUAAAACCAAAGAUAUUUUGAAACUUAAGGUAUUUUGCCUUCUUACAUUAAAAAUAAGAUAUUUUAUGUUAAGCUAUGAGCACUGAGAAUAUAAUUUUAUGCCAAAACUGGCAGUUAUUAUACAUAUUAUAUUUGAUUUCGCAUUUAGAACCAAGUUUUAAGCUGUGAUUGGUCAGUUGUUUGUAGCGCCAGCCAAUCACAACACAGGCAAGAAAUGCAUUUAUUUUUAUUAUACAUUAAACUGUUCACAUAAUAAUUGAUAUUAUUUUUAAAAUAUAAGAUUGAAACUUUGUAAAAGAUACCUCAAUAUAAGGAAAUGAUAUUAUUAUUUUACAAUUUAUUUUUAAACAAAAUUACUCGUACAUUCCAUAAAGUUAUUAUUUAUUCAAUUUAAAUAUAAGCUGUCAAUCUCAACAAUAAAUGUAUGCCAAAUAUGUAAAAGUGAUAUGCAAACCUAUAUUUUUUUAAAUACCUUGUAGAUUUCUCUUGUAAUCUCAAAUUCAUAGUUGUUACGCCCAUGAUAGAAAUCCGCUUAUUUUCUUGAUAAUAAUGGUAGGUAUAAAAUACAAUAUUUA